UGACAUACUAACUAUAGUCAAGUCACUAGGUUACAACUGUCACAUGCAAUGUUUCUAAGCCACGUGUAGUAUAUCUAAGUAUUUUAUUUAAUUCAACUGACUGUGCAAGACAUUGUAAUAGAACAGUUAUUUAUGCAUUGAUUAAAAUUUUAUUCAAUUAAAGUAUCUGCAAAAUGAAAGUGAAAGUUUUAACAAGAAAUCCAGAUGAAUAUCUAAGAGAAACAAAACGUGACAUAUAUAAAGUACCUAGGAAUUAUGAUCCAGCGUUACAUCCUUUCGAAUCAGCAAGAGAGUAUACAAGGGCUUUAAAUUCAGUAAAGUUAGAAAAACUAUUUGCGAAACCUUUCGUAGGAUCUUUAGAAGGCCAUAAGGAUGGCGUAUCUUGUUUAUGUAAACAUCCUUCUCAGUUAUCUACUAUACUUAGUGGAGCUUUUGAUGGAGAAAUAAGAAUAUGGAAUCUUACACAUAGAAUGUGUAUAUCGAACUUUUUGGCACAUGAUGGUAUAAUACGUGGAAUUGUAUUUAGCCAAAGUGGUGAAAAUUUUAUCUCUGUUGGCGAUGAUAAAACUAUUAAAACUUGGAAGUUGGGAAAUUCGUCGCUCAGUCAAGAAGAACCUAUAAAUACAGUCAUUAGUAAAACUAUAAUAACUGGAAUUUCACAUCAUCGAACUCAGCCAAUAUUUGCUACAUGUGGCGAAGUAUGUCAAUUAUGGGAAGAGACUAGAAAUGAACCAAUUCAAACAUUUAAAUGGGGUGUUGACAGUUUAUACGAUAUUAAAUACAAUCCUGUCCAAUCUAAUUUAUUUGCUGCCUGUGGAAGUGAUCGUAGUAUAAUUCUAUAUGAUGCCAGAGAAACAGGGCCUUUGCAGAAAGUAUUUAUGAAAUUAAGAACAAAUAAAUUAUCCUGGAAUCCUAUGGAGGCUGUUACUUUCACGUGUGCCAAUGAAGACUACAAUCUCUAUACUUAUGACAUUCGUAAGUUGAAAACACCAGUAAAUGUACAUAUGGAUCAUGUAGAAGCUGUAAUUGAUGUGGAUUACUCACCAACUGGUAAAGAAUUUGUGUCUGGUAGCUACGACAGAUCUAUUCGCAUUUUUGAAGUAAAUAAAGGUCAUUCUCGAGAAGUUUAUCAUACAAAACGCAUGCACAGGUUAACGUGCAUAGGGUGGUCACUUGAUAAUAAAUUCGUUAUUAGUGGUAGUGAUGAAAUGAAUAUUCGCUUGUGGAAAGCAAGGGCAUCGGAAAAAUUGGGUGUGUUGAGACCCAGAGAAAGAACAGCGUUGUAUUACAGUGAAGCUUUGAAAGAAAAGUUUGCUGCACAUCCUCAAAUUAAACGAAUUUCUCGACAUAGACAAGUUCCAAAAUAUAUUUACAAUGCAAAGGCUGAAUUACGUACAAUUCGAGAGAAAAUGAAUCGAAAGGAAGCCAACAGACGUGCUCAUUCUAAAAAAGGAGCGGUACCUUUUGUUUCGGAAAGAAAAAAACAUGUUGUACGGCAAGAGGUAUAAUGUACAAUUAUGUAAUAUAGCAUUAAAAUUUUUUAUACUGAUUAAAAUAAAGAGAGAAAGAAUAGUACUACAUUCUAUUAUUUUGA